UUCAUUUCAGGCACUGCGCACAGGAGCUGCAGUAAUGGCGAGAGGGCCGCUGAACCUUUGGAACCACUGGGCGACCCAGAUCCUGCUUCUCCUGAGCCUCGCGCUCCAGAUCGUCCUCUCCGUCUUUGCCGGGAUCCGUCGGCGUCAAAGCUCCUCCAUGCCGAGGAUACUCCUUCGGCUGGCGUACCUCCUUGCCGACUCCACUGCCAUAUAUGCCAUUGGCCACCUAUCCCUCAGCAGCGCACCAUCCAACCACCACCUUGUCGCAUUCUGGUCGCCUUUCCUCCUGCUGCACCUUGGCGGACCAGACAACAUCACUGCCUAUGCUCUUCAGGACAAUCAGCUCUGGCUCCGGCACCUCCAAACCCUUGUUGUGCAGGUACUCGGAGCGGCCUAUGUCUUAUUACGGGGCUUCCACUUCCAAAUUAAACAGAAAAUCCAUUUCCAAAUUAAACUGAAAAUAGAGACAAGGACUCACGGAGAAGGGGCCGCGGAUGUGGUCGUCGGCACAGCACCGCAGCGCCUCGUAGCGGAAGUUUUCGAGGACGUGGUCGGCUUGGUAGGCGGCAGUCUUGAGAUCCGCCAUCCAGCGGCGGACAGUGGGGUUGGUGCGGAUCUUGGCGUCGGCAGGGCGGCGUCGGCCGUCGCCAUCGGUGCCAAGCCCGAUGAGUCCAGCCUGCGGCGCGGCGAGGUGAGGGGUGGCGGCGCCGGGCAGAGAAAGGGAGAAGACUGUAACGGGCCGAGCUGGAGCGAGCUUCGAGCCGAGCCUAAAAGCUCGCUCGGACGUCCAGCCCUAGCUGCCACCUUGAUGUUCACUGUCGGUGCUGUCAAGUACGGGGAGAGGACGUGGGCACUCAAAUGCAGCAAUCUGGACAGCAUCCGGAGCUCCCUCAAGAAGGAACGACCCACCAGGCAUAACCAUUUCCACCCCCAGGAUCAGGCGGGAGAUCACAAAGACGAGGAAUUCGUUCUCCGUCGAGCUCAUUCGCUCUUCCACAUCUGCAAGCGUGCCAUAGUUGAUUCUUCAGUCGACGGGGAUUCAGAAUAUCGAGACACCACAGAAAUGCUUGGGAAAAUUGAUAUGAUCUGGGGUUUGAUGGAGAUGGAGCUCUCGCUCAUGUAUGACAUCUUGUACACCAAGGCGGCUGUGAUCCACACCUGGUUCGGCUACUGCCUUCGGGUCAUCUCGCCCCUUGCCAUCGUCGCCCCCCUUCUGCUUUUUCAGUUCAGCAGCAAAGUUGGGCACAGCAGAGUUGACAUUGCCAUCACCUAUGUGUUGUUGUGCAGUGCUUUGUUCAUGGAGACAACUUCCCUGUUGAAUGCUGUAGGGUCCACCUGGGCAUUUGCAUUCCUAUGUACCACGAGCUGGAGCUGGCUCCGUUACGAAGCCCUAUGCACCGCGAGAUGGGACCGGCUACGGCGUGCGGUUGCAUCUCUUCACCGGCUCAUCAAGGCAACCACUGGAGGAGGUAGCAGCUACAGAUCGGAGAGGUGGACAGGCACCCGCACCUUGGGGCAGUACAACAUGUUGCACUUUUGCACUCGCCGUGACAACAACCUGGCUAGCCCUUUGCUUGGUAGGUUGGCCAAGAUGGUGGGGCUCGGGGAGUGGUGGAACAGGAAGCAUUACUCGGGAUCUAUCGAGAUCUCAGAGCUUGUGAAGGAGCAUACCAUCAAACACAUGGCACGGUUGUACAAGAAGGGGAGGUGGAACGCAUUAGGAGUUCUCAGGAAGAAGUGGGGCCAGGAGGCACUGGAGCAAAAUAAAUCGUUCCCAGAACUCGAGGAAUUCCUCGGUGUCGAGUUUCAGGAAGGCGUCAUCAUCUGGCACAUCGCCACCGAUGUUUUCCUCAUCAAGAGCGAGCGAGCAAGGGUGGAGGGUGCAUCGGGUCGUGUGGAGGCCAUCAAGCUGAUGUCCAACUACAUGGUGUUCCUCCUCGUCGAAAGGCCCUACAUGCUACCAGGCCUCGCCCAGAACAGGUUGUACCAACGAACAUGUGAAAAUCUGGUCGAGAUGCGAGCAGCUCCCAACCAUCGAAAGUGGGAUAUUUGGGAAGUUCUCCGCUCUCUGUUCAGCCUGCGUGACGACCCUGAUUCCAAUUCCAAGGCCGUCGAUAUAGAGAAGCUUGCAAAGAUCCUAUACGAUAAGAAUCCAUCCUUCAGCAUUGAUGCUCCCCGUCUCUCUUAUGUCACCCGGCUUGCCAGAAGACUGGUAGAAAAGGAGGCAGAUGGCACGACUGACUCGUUGCAGCUUGUCCUUGAGGUGUGGACAGAUAUCCUGGUCUACGCAGGCAACAAAUGCAGCAGGGAGUCCCAUGCCAAGAAGCUCAACAGUGGCGGUGAGUUCACAACCAUCCUGUGGCUUAUGGCAGAACACCUGUUCCAAGCUUCUCUCGAGGGCCCAUGA